GGUCUCUCCUUCAUCACCUUUGUCUGCUAUGUGGCAUCUUCAGCUCCCGCCUUCCUCGUGGCGCCCCUGCUGGAGUUCCUGCUGGCCAUAUUCUUCCUCUUCGCUGAUGCCAAGCAGCUGAAUGACAAGUGGCAAGGCUUGUGUUGGCCCAUGAUGGACUUCCUGCGCUGUGUUACAGCGGCCCUCAUCUACUUCAUCAUCUCCAUCACUGCUGUCACCAAGUACUCUGACGGGGCCUCCAAGGCAGCCGGGGUGUUUGGCUUCUUUGCCACUAUCGUGUUUGCAAUUGGCUUCUACUUGAUCUUUAAUGAGGUCGCCACAUUCCUCAAACAAGGAGACUCC